GAAGAAGAAUCUUACGUCGCAUGUGCGGCUGAAGAUGGUCCUCCGCUUUACUCGGGUCAUUGACAGUCACAGUAGUUCCUGAAGCAGAUGAAGAUAGCGGCUGCUAGGAUUGGGAAAAAGGCCGGAGUGACUUUCUUGCCUGUACAUUUUGGAAACGUGGGAGUAUUCAUAAAGGGGGCUGGCUGGUAGGUAAGCUGUAUAAUCCUGGAAAAAACAGGAAAUCCCGUCCAAACAGCCAACUAGGAAAUAAUCUUGAAAACAAACCCGUCUUUUUUUAUUCCCUUUGCUUUAUUAAUCAUUGCUUCCUUCUAUUUCCCCAUCGCAUAAGGUAUACCGUCUCCUUUUUCCCCAUUGCACUUGAGAGAAUCACAAGCUCGAGAUGGGUAACUGCUGGGGAUCCUCUUCUCUCCAUGAACAGAGUCACAACAGCUCCACAAACCAAGAUGCAUCAAGGAACUAUAGCAACACCAUGGAACUUUCAGCAACAACAAGCAGCAGCAACUGCAGGAGUCAAUUUUCUGAGGCGGUGAGUGAAAUUGUGGAGGAGAGGAAUCCAGAUGGGCAAAUAUUGGAAAUGCCCAACUUGAAAGUUUACACCUUUGCGGACUUGAAGAAUGCAACCAAGAACUUCAAAUCUGAUACUUUGUUGGGUGAGGGAGGAUUUGGGAAAGUUUAUAAAGGUUGGGUUGAUCACAGGACUCUGCAACCCUCAAAGAUUGGCUCAGGAAUGGUGGUUGCCAUUAAGAAAUUAAACCCAGAAAGUAUGCAAGGUUUUGAAGAAUGGCAGUCAGAGGUGAACUUUUUAGGAUGCCUUUCUCAUCCAAAUUUGGUGAAGUUGUUGGGAUAUUGUUGGGAAGAAAAAGAGCUUCUCCUAGUUUAUGAGUUCAUGGCAAGAGGAAGCUUGGAAAAUCAUCUAUUUAGAAGAAAUCCAGCAAUUGAACCGCUAUCUUGGGACUUACGGAUUAAAAUUUCCGUAGGAGCCGCUAAAGGCCUAGCUUUUCUUCAUGCUUCAGACAACCAAGUCAUUUAUAGAGAUUUCAAGGCCUCAAAUAUACUGCUUGAUGGGAACUACAAUGCCAAAAUAUCAGAUUUUGGGUUGGCAAAAUUCGGGCCUUCUGGUGGAAAUUCUCAUGUAACAACAAGGGUUAUGGGAACCUAUGGUUAUGCCGCUCCAGAGUACGUUGCAACAGGUCACUUGUACGUGAAGAGUGAUGUCUAUGGCUUUGGAGUUGUUCUGCUGGAAAUGAUGACUGGCUUGAGGGCACUAGAUACAAAACGGGCAAAUGGACAGCAGAAUUUGGUGGAGUGGCUCAAACCAAGUCUCUCCAACAGGAGAAAGCUGAAGACUAUCAUGGAUGUGAGGAUUGUGGGUCAGUACUCAUCCAAGGCUGCAUUGCAGGCAGCAGAGCUUACUUUGAAAUGUCUGGAGACGGAUCCUAAGAAACGUCCUCCCAUGAAGGAAGUCGUGGAAGCUUUAGAAAGAAUUGAAGCUCUUAAGGUUAAGGUAAAGGGGAAAGAUAGUCAAUCUGGAUCUAGUCAAUCAAGCUCCCACCAUGUUCAGCAGCCUGCUCGGCAUCAUUACCGCUUCCAAACAAGCAAUGGUGCCGAUAAUUAAUUCAUGCGUACCAUUUUUAUUUUUAGAUUUUUUAUCUGUGAUUAGAACAAUUAAUAUUCUUUCUAAGAUUUGUCCAAAUCUUGUCGGAGUCUCAAUUUUGCUCUAGUUGUCUCCCAUGUAUUGUUAAUCUCGCAAUGAGUUGAAGUUAGGAACUAUUGAGCUUACUUUUGCAUUGUUUUUCUGUACUGAAAAAGGAUGACAUGACAAUGGAUAUUGUUUUUCA